AUGGCACGACCAGAAACAACANAAAAACGAGUCUCCAAUCUCGUCGGCCGCUUCGAACAAUUGGCCCAGACAUGUCCAAUCCAAGAAUACAUCCAACAAGUUCCAAAAUUCCUCAAUCCACCACGACCAGCUUCCCAUCAUGGCGAAAGGACAUGGAUGCAACAACAAGACCGCCGGACUUUGUCUCUAUCUUCAAUGCCAAAUUCCUCUACUCUUCCAGCCAGAUUGGAGCGCGAAAUAAACCGCAAUGCACAAUUGCGACAGGAAAUUGAAUCUUUGCGUCGUCGUUGUAAUGAAGAUGAGGAGAUACUGACAACAUUAUCAAAACGUCUGGAAGAAGGCACAGAAUUGCAAGCAUCUCUGCAUAUCCAAACUUCUGGCUUGCAGACAAAAGUCGACAGAUUAGCAGAUAAGCUUGCUCGCAGAGACAAGAUCCAAAAAGCAGAGUACGAGCGGAGAAUCGUGGCUGUGGCCAACGAACGCGAUAUCCUGGCUUCGAGAUUGAAGAUGGCUGAAGCCAGUGUCGAAAGAGCUCGAGCCGUGGAAGAAAUCGUCAAAAAUGCAGACGAGAAGAUCAGAGUCUCGGAUGAGAGAGCUCAAGCAGCGAGUAACCAGGUAACAGCAUUGCAGAACCAAUUGCUGGAGCUCAAGACAGAUAUUGCUGCUCGAUCAGGAAAGCAAGAAAAUGUCAGUGAUCAAGAAAUCCUCGAUAUGAUGAACAAACUCAAUCAUCUUGUCCAAAAUUGGUGUGUCAGUAGUUUUAAGAAAUUCAAGAUCGGUAUGUAUAUCAAGAACACUUCUUCCCAGAGCGUGCUGACAUCUUUCANNGAUCCAAGCAGGAUGAUUUGUAGAUUUGAGAAGAUAGCAGCUCUGCAGGAAGCAAAGCUCCUACGGAAGCUCUAUGCUACUUUCGACACAAGCAUAAAAAUCUUCACUUUUCAAGCUACUGUGCUGUAUUUACUCAUGCCAAUUUUCGAUGCACAUUUCUUUGGAUUACCAGAGGAGUUGAAGGGUUUGGACUCAGCAGCUUGGGAGAUGGAAUCUUUGACAGCAGCCUUUAAUGAAUGGCGAGCAAUGACAUAUGACUUUUUGCAGCAUGGCGACAACGAUCUGAACAAGCGUUGUCGAGUAUCACAAGCAAAAGCGCAGAUACAGAUAGUAGAGCAAAUCUGCAAAACGAUGUCAGCAUUGACAGGGUCAACCAUCUUGGAAGAGCAGAAACGCACUCUGAGUGCACUGGUCGAGCAUGCUGUCUCACUAUCCCAAUUGUUGGGAAGCCAGCGUGCUACGUAUCGGUGUUUUCUGCCGCAAAUUCUUGACCAAGACACCAUUGAGUUUGAGAUCACCACGAUGGAGAACAUAAUGGAUGAGCAGGAGAGUGAUGGUCUCGCGAAGGAGGUCAGAUGUGUGAUGUCCCCAGCUUUGACCAAGCAGGGAGGCGAAAGAGGUGAAAAUAUGCAAGUGGAGAAUGUGCUUGUCAAAGCCAAGGUCCUUUGUGUUGAAGAAGACUCUGACGACAAUGAGUUGAUGGACUGA